AUGCACUUCAAGUCAAUUUUGCCGCUUCUGGGCCUGGCUGCCUCUGCCUCUGCCCAGGUCAGUGCUUCGCAAAUGACCGCUAAUAUCGACCAAAUCACACAGAAGUCAUCGGAAACCAACGAUAUCGCCAAGAGUAUAUCCGUCACGAACUUCUUUAGCACCGCCCCUCAAUUGAUCAACAGCUUUAGGGACAUAAUUCAGACCGCCUCCGAUGAUGUCACAUCCAUGAACGACGGUAAAUCGAAGCGGUCUCUCAAAGCUCGCCAGGAAUGCUUGGAUCUCGAGGACCCCGAGCAGUGCCUCGCAGACCUUGGAGAACUAGUGGAUGACCCCAGUGAGAUCCUAGGAGAUAAGCGCGCUCUUCGAGCUCGUCAGGAAUGCUUGGAUGUCACAGACAUAGAGCAAUGUCUUGCUGACCUUGGAGAGCUUGUUGAGGACCCGGGCGAAAUCCUUGGAGACAAGCGCUCUGUCAAGGUUCGUCAUGAAUAUGCGAGUGUGUCCCGCUGGAGAGAGAUUGCUAAUAUCUUGAACCAGACUGUUGGAAAGAAGAGACAGGACCCCCCUGCCUACAGUGAUAGCCAGCAGCAGGGCAUCUGCAAUGCUUUCAGAAGCUUCGUCAUGGUGCAUCAGGAACUCCUGAAGACUGUCAUCGGCAAGCAUGGCCUGUUGAGCUUGACUCCCUUCACCCAACCGGUUGCGCAAGUGCUCCGGGUUUUGGAGGGAGGUGUUGACACGCUUGCCUUUGGUAUCAUCGACAGUGUGCCAACCUGUGCUCAGGAAGCCACCCAGAACAAGAACAGCCUAGACAUGACUCUUGAAGAGGCCCAGAACACGUACGACUCUAACUGA